AAUUCUCUUGGAUCGAAAAGCUAAUAAUAAAAGCGGACGCGUCAUAUCAUAUCCGACGCUACGCUCCACCCGGCGCGCACUCUCUUUCUUCCCCGUCUCUGCUCCUUUGCGGUGCGAGCUUCUCUCCUCUUCCGCUCCACGCUCCACGCCACGAUCGAAUGGGCUCAGCUUCAGAUGAUAGCAGGGAGCACCUGCUGGACGUGGGCGGCCUCGCCGCCGGCGGGCCCAAGAUACGGGUGCGCGGGCUGCGGCGGCGGGCGGAGGCGAGCGGCGAGGAGAUCCUGCGCGGGGUGGACCUGGACGUGCCGGGCGGGGUGGUGAUGGGCGUCAUCGGCCCCAGCGGCAGCGGCAAGUCCACGCUGCUCCGCGCGCUCAACCGCCUCUGGGAGCCCGCCCCCGGCGCCGUCACCCUCGACGGCGCAGACAUCUGCGGCAUGGACGUCCUCGCGCUCCGCCGCAAGGUCGGCAUGCUCUUCCAGCUCCCCGCCAUGUUCGACGGGAGCGUGGCGGACAACGUGCGGUACGGGCCGCAGCUGCGCGGCAAGAAGCUGACGGAGGCGGAGGUGAAGGGGCUGCUGAGCCUGUCGGACCUGGACCCGGCGCUGUCCUCCCGGCCGGCGUCGGAGCUGUCCGUCGGGCAGGCGCAGCGGGUGGCCCUGGCCCGCACCCUCGCCAACGACCCGGAGGUGCUGUUGCUGGACGAGCCGACCAGCGCGCUCGACCCCAUCUCGACGCAGAACAUCGAGGAGGCCAUCGUGCGGCUGAAGAAGGCGAGGGGGCUCACCACGGUCAUCGUCUCGCACAGCGUCAAGCAGAUCCAGCGGAUCGCCGACCUGGUGUGCCUCGUCGUCGACGGCGAGGUCGUGGAGGUGCUCGCGCCGUCCGACCUCUCUGAGGCCAAGCACCCCAUGGCCCGCCGCUUCCUGGAGCUCAGCUGAAUGCUUUACAUCGCCGACUACAUCGUCCAAGUGCCGGGUGUCGACCUCUGUUUAAUUCAGACUUGCUACUAUAUAUACUACCACGACGAACGCUGUGCGAUUUGAAACUGUUGCAUUUUAUCGGCCGGCUUCACAGCCGUACCAUCUGGUCAAAUCUGACGUUUUUACCCCCCGA